AUACCUGUGUAUCCAAACAUUGCAUGUGAUGGUGAAAUCGUUGUCCAUGCUCCAAGGCUGUGCUACUCAUCAUAAACUGCAAUCUACUGUUAAAUUGCAGUAGGAAAAGUGUGUCAAGUGCCUCAUAAGAUCUUAGUCCAAAAAAAAAAAAACAAUGUUAGUGCCCUUGCCUUUUUCCUUUGCUGGUAUUUCAAUCCCCUCAAUGGUGAUCUGUUAGUUAGUUGGGUUACAUUUUGAACCAAGUAUACCUAUGAUAUAUAGUCCUCAAAUGCCUAAAGUUACUUAUCAGUCUUAUCAAUCUAUGCUAUCAUGGUAUAUGAAAUUCUGCCUGUAUAACCAAAACUGCAUUGCCCCAAAAUUAUUAAUCUAGAGGGACAUGUUUAGAAAUAACAUUGUGGACUACUGUAGUUUAUACAACUCCCGUGGUCUGACUAAGUGCCAGAUUUUAGAGCAAUUCAGCCACCCCUAUUCUGAAUUACACACUAUACCAGUACUUCCCUAGUUUGCAGAUAUCUGGUAAAUAUAUAUGAAUAAUAUAAAAAGCUUCUUUGUUAUUAGGUAUAAACUAAGUCUGACUACUUUCCUCCUUUUUUACCUCAUCAUUUCCCACUAUUAUUUAAAACUAGGGAUGAAUUAACUUUUUUCUGAAUUUAAAUACCAGUCACCUUGUAUAUGUAAUGGUAGUACAUAUUUUAAGAAAUCGUGUAUGAUUUAUUUCAAAAGUAUAGUGUCAUUUAUUAUGAGGUUUAAUUCCGGAUUUAGAUGUUUAGAUAAUGUUAUUGAAAGCAAGCAGUGUAAACAGCAACGGCUGUCUAUUUUUAUCAGAUUUGAGUCUGAUUUAUACAGUUUAGUGAACCUUAUCAGUGAGUUAUGAGUAUUUCUUUACAACCAUACCCAGGUGUGCACUCUUAUUGUACGGUGUAAGCUAUCAUUUGUGAGCCGGCCAGCUGAAGUAAACACAACUGCAAACACAUAGGGGGGGGGACACAAAGGAAAAAUACUGAAACGUGUAGCCUUUGGGUUAGCUGGUACAGACAAGUUUUAGUGGCUAAUGCCACAGUGGUGAUGCAGAUCAGUUUGCUCAUUCUAUAGAUAUGACUGCUGCGCUGCAUUCUGAAACUUUGACUUUGCAGGACUAGCAGGGCAUCCAAAGAUGGGCUUUAACCAGUCCUAUCAACCUGUUCAUAGAGACAAGCAGUCAUAUUUUGCCUUUUUCAAUGAAUUCAGGGAUCCCUAUAAGAUCUUUGCCACCUCUCUUGAGACACUGGUGCUUCUCAUCCUGUUUGUGGUUUCCUUCGUGGGGAAUGUCAGCGCCAUAGUUGUUGUCGCUAAGGACAAAAAGCCGGUGAAUAAGAACUUCUUUGUGCUGAACCUCUUCUUUGCUGACCUUUUGUUUGUCAGCACGAUUCCUCUUAUUAUCAGUAUCCGCUGGACAGAAGCAUGGGCUCUGGGUUCUUUUGCCUGCCACAUGCUGUUCUAUGUCAUGAGCAUGAGUGGCUGUGUAACAAUCAUCACUUUAGCCACCAUCAGCCUGGAGAGGAUGAUUGCGAUACUGAAGCUUCAAGUGGCACCCGUCUUUAAUGUAAAGCUGGUAUCUAGUGCUUUGGCAUCUAUUUGGAUUUUUUCAGCGUCUACUUCGUUACCACUGUGCUUAUUCUUCAAUGUGAUGACUAUCAUAACUGAUAGUAAGGAAGUGAAAAUAUGCACACUGAUGUGGCCGAGUGAGAUCGGAGAGAUUGUAUGGGACAUUGCGUUCACUGGACUGGAUUUUGUGAUCCCAGGGUUAAUUAUUGUGACCAGUUACACCAAAAUUUUACAGAUUACAAAAUCUUCAAGGCGGCGGCUGCAGAGUAGAAGAAGCAUCCCAAACACAGAGACCCAGCCAUGUCAGGUCUCCAGGCAGGACUUCAAACUGUUCCGCACUUUGUUCUUGUUAAUGAUUUCUUUCUUUGUAAUGUGGAGCCCAAUUUUUAUCACCGUCUUUCUGAUUCUAAUACGGAACUUUAAAAACGGUCUGGUCAUUUCAUCGUCACUCUUCUUUUGGGUAGUCACCUUCACAUUCGCCAACUCGGCUCUGAACCCGAUUUUAUACAGCAUCAGUCAUUUCAGACAUCAGUGGAGGCAUAAGCUUUGCUGCUUUUCACUGCUGGCCCCUUGCAAGAGCACAGACAUUGCAAUCCCACUACAGACAAUUCAAAACCCACAGGCACAGCUGUCCCUGAUUAGUGUUUGAUGGCUGCCUUAAAGAAAUAACUUGCAACAUGUCUGACUUCUUUCUUCACUGAUUUGUCAGGUUCUUAUUCAGUAGGUAAUAUACAGGUGCUGAAUCUAAUAAGGAGCGUGGAAAAACUGAUUUGACUUUGAUUUUGAAGAUAGAAAUGUGGUAUUUUCUACAAAUAAAGCAAUACCUCAUUAACACCAGAUGGCCCUAUGUGUUCAGUGAAUCUAGUGAAUUGACUGCAAAGAAUAACAACUUAAUGGGGUGAGUAUUGCUAAUAAGACAAUUGUAAUCUUGGUUAUGCUGGAUUUGCAACACUGUUACUUUAAAAAAAGAGCACAGGGAGUUGGGUUUAGAGUUAUACAUGAGGAAAUCUCAGUAUAAGAAGAAGACCACAAUACUUUGGAUUCAUGCACCUUCCCUAUUCCUUAUUAUCCACCGCUUGGGAUGAAAUACCUGCAAAGGGUAUGUAGUGAAAGUGGUCGUUCAUAUGUAUGUACUUGCUCAUUCUUAUUCUAUACUGUUCUAUACAUCCCGUUGAUAUAUGGUGUUGUCAUCAUCUUUUUCAUCAUGCUAAUAACUCUAAUUUUGAAUUUAGAGCUGUGGCAGGGGAUGCAUGUUACUGACAUAUUUGUUGUAUUAGCUCUACUGUAUAAUGUGUGUGUCUAUUCAUGUAGUGACCAGAAACACCAGGGCUUUACAGUAUUGCAGAGCCUAGCGCUGUAUCUGGUACCCAUAACCAAUCGCAACAGUAGCUUUGUUAAAUUCUUUGUUUUUAGUUUCAUUUGUACCUUUUGCUCAUUCAUAUGAUGUUAUAUGGUGUUGGUUCUGGAAAAUGGUAGCCUGUGUACUGUAAACCAGUUAUGAGCAUGGUAUGUGUUUGUGGCAACGGUGUGUUUAUCUGCAUUUCAAUAAAGGCCCUUUUGAACCUCCA